AUGUAUUCCUUCCUGCUCAGCUGGCUCGUUACCAUCGGAGAAAAGGGAAGCAAACAGGAAGCCAGCGGUGCCAAAGGGCGGGGGAAGAAAACCGCCAAGGCGAGCAGCGAAAGCAAGCAAGAAGCGUGGGACGCCAGCACGAAGGAGAAGGUGGUGAGCGGACUUGUACAGAUCCUCGAAGGCGAAGUGGGCGGUUUGUGGGACAGCGGAGAGCCCGAAGAAGACUGGCUUCAACUCUUUAGCAAAGCCGCAGCCGCCAUCCUCGAGGCCCCUGCCAAUUUGAAGGCGGCUGCCGUGCGAGCCUGCGUCUGGAAGCUGGUGGGUCUGCUGGCCGGUCGCUACAAUCAGCUGACCCGAAUGGCGAGCAUGCUGUUGCAUCUCGCCGUCAGAUACGAGCAUUUCGGGCCUCAUGCUGUCGAGCUCAUCGGCGCUCUGACAUUGGAUUAUCAACAACCCGCUAUCGUUACCGCCCUGUUCAAGGAAGUGGCCGAGAUGAGCAGCACCGACAUGGUGCACAAUACGGAAGGAGCCCGACACAUAGCGACACUCUUAUGUGGCAUCGCGGAAACGCAACCCAUUCACGCGCAGCACAACCUCCACCUCUUGCUCCCUCUCCUCGAGGCCGAGCCCUACUCCUUGCGCAACGGGAUCGUUCUCAUGAUCGGCAGAAUUCUUCACCUGGGAUUCAAGGACGGAGACGCGCUCACGGUCCCACCAGCGUUAAACUCUCUCGAUGGCGAUGACGAUGAAGAUGACGAAGGCCGAGACCAUGGCGACGACAACGAAGCGCAGAAGGAGAUCACCAAGGAAGCUCUGUGGGGCGUCAUGGAAAUGCGGUUCCACGACGUAUCCUCGUACACGCGCAGCAAGCUUAUCCAGUCGUGGGCUCACCUGUGCGAGCACAGGGCCAUUCCCGUCGAGUUGCAGGCAAAAGCCGUCGGCCUUGCGGGAGAGCGGCUAAGGGACAAAGCCGUGCAAGUGCGCAAGAACGCCCUACGCCUGCUGACGUCGCUUCUGCAGCACAACCCCUUCUCGCCCUCGCUUCAACUGUCGUCUCUCCUCAAGAAGCUGCCGCGUGAUAUGCGGAAGAAGUAUCUGCAGCAGCUUCACGACGCCGACGCGCCACCCGCCGACGCACACAUCGACAGCGAAGAACAACAACACCAAGAAGAUGAAGAAUGUGCCGAAGGGGACGCCGAAGGGAAACGAGGUAACGCAUCGGAAGCCAAGAGUCACUUGGUGCACGCCGUCGAGUUCGCUCUCGGCUUGAAGAGGUGCGUGCCGCUCAUCGCCCAGCUGCUGCUCUCUCCGAACUCGUCCGAAGUGGUCGAGGCCAUCCACUUCUUCGUCUGCGCCCAACAGUUCGCCCUCGACGAAGCUCAGGUCGGGGUGCGAAAGAUGAUCGAGCUCGUGUGGAGCAAGGAGGCGAGCGUGAAGCAGGCCCUGUGGGACGCCUUCCGCGAUCUCUACCUCACCGCUCCUCGUACCUCGAAAAGCAACGUCGCCGGCCUCUACAUCGCCUGCAAGCUCAUCAGCCUCACGCUAUCCGCCACCCUCGCCGAACUCACGUCGCUAGAGCAGCUACUGAGUGAAAUGAAGCAGCAGGGCCUCAUCGCGCCCACCGUCGUGCAGACGCUGCUCGACAUCUUUGGUACCCUAAGCCCCUGCCCAGACCUCCAGGUGCCGCAAGUGAGUGCAGUCGAAAGCCGAGGGGCGAUCAUCAUCCUGGGCAUGCUCGCCACUGCGUCGCCUGAGAUCGCACGCGAGCACUUCGACCUGCUCUCGAGCACCGGCCUGGGCGCUCGUGCCAAGGAUGACCUGCGAUUAGCGCACUACACGUGCAUCGCGCUGCAGAAGGCCCGGACGCUGCACCGAGCGCGGCAAACCGCGGAGCUUCCCCCGGCACAGACCGGCAAGGCCAAGUCCUCCAAGGAAAAGAGCACAGCUAAACCGGCCGCCAAAGCGGGCGAGAGCAAGCCCUUUGACCGGCUCCCCUCCGGCCAUCCACUGUUUGCUCGGCUGUUCGAGCUACUCGUUGGCAAGCCGCGCCGGAUCGGCCAUUGGCUCGGGCUGGCGGAACAAGCGAUCAACACCAUCUACGCUCUCGCACAGGCGCCCGACGUGAUCUGCGCCAGCGUCAUCAAGAGCCUUGCUGCGCUCGCUUUCGACUCUUCGGACGACAACGCCGACGACGGAGACAACGCUGAUGAUGUUGGCUCGAGCGGUGCCAAUUCGGGAAUGGUCCAGACCACAGGCGAAGCGUUGAGCCGCCUUCUUCUGGUGCUCGGGCACGUCUCCCUCAAGCAGCUCAUCCACAUGGAGCAGGCCCAGGCCGAAAUCCACCGGAGACGUCAGAGUCCGUCCUCGCGCCCCAGCUCGCGCAAGGGGGGUCAGGAGGCGAUCGAGCUGGAGCUGGGCGUGGGCAUGGCCGGUGAUGACGAACGCGACGUCGAAUAUAUCCAGCACCUGAUCGAGCACGAAGUGGUGACCGCCAACCUUCUCGGAACCUACCAGCCGCUCAUACACUACAUCUGCACGAGCUCCACACCGGGCGGCCUGGUGCGGGAGUGUGCGAUUCUGGCGCUUUGCAAGUACAUGUGCGUGUCGUCGUCGUUUUGCGAGAAGAACCUGCAGCUGCUCUUCUCGCUCCUGUCGUCGCGGAGAAGGGAGGACCACUUUGAGGGAAGCCAGCGCCUGCGGGCCAACAUCAUCGUGGCGGUGGGUGACCUCGCCUUCCGCUUCCCCAACCUGCUCGAGCCGUGGACCAAGCACAUCUACCGCCCCCUCUCCGACAAAUCGAUGAAGGUGAGGCGGAACGCGGUCAUGGUCCUCACACAUCUGAUCCUGAAUGACAUGGUUAAGGUGAAGGCCUACAUCGCCGACCUGGCGCUGUGCGUUCACGACGCGGACGCGACCAUCGCUCGCAUGUCGCGGCUCUUCUUCCACGAGCUCUCGCAGAAAGGCGCUGCGAUCUACAACAUCAUCCCCGACGUACUGAGUCGCCUCUCCGCCGCCGAGAGCGUGGACUCAGACAUGUUCAAGCGAGUGAUGAAGCACCUCCUCUCCCUCAUCGAAAAGGAAAAGCAAUCGGAGAGCCUCAUGGAGAAGCUCUGCCAUCGCCUCCGCACGGCCAAAGAGGAGGAACAGGAGGACAUUGCCUACUGCCUCACGCUCCUGAACUACAGCGAGAAGGCCUUGCGCCGCCUAAUCGAGCUGGAGAAGUGCUACUCGGCUGCCCUGAUCAACCCCGGGGGGAGGAAGUUUGGGGCCAAGGGCGAACAGCGGGCGGUGGCCGAAGAGCUGGAGAAGAAGCUCGCCGAGAUCGUCGCCAAGAAUGCGGGCGACCAAGACGACGCCGAGACCGCCCCCGCCGACAUGAAACAAGAGGAAGACGAGGAUGAUGAAGAGCAGGACGACGAAGAAGAGCAGGAUGAGGAUGCCCAUCAGGAGCACAACGGCGACGAUGACGAUGGCGACGAAGAGGUGGAUAAGAAGAAGAAGAAGGUGAUGACGAUGAAGAAGAACACGAAGACAUCUGCCAAGGUCAAAGAGGAGCCACGCACGACCAAGCAGCGCACGACGAGGAGGGCGGCCGGUGCGACCACCGCCACUACGACGACGCGUGGCAGGAAGCUCCCGCUCGUCAAGUCAGCAGCCAGCAGGGCGGCAGUCAAGAAGGAGGCCACCAAGAAGCCAACAACAACGAGGCGCCAGGCCGCCACCAAGGGACGUGCCACCAAAGAGUCGCAACGAGAAGAGGAGGAAGAGGAGGAGGAGGAGGAAGACGAUGAGACCGAAGAAGAAGAAGAGGAAGACGACGAGACCGAAGAAAGCGACGACGACGAAGAGGAGAAGACGAAGGGCAAGAAGGGACGCCACCAGGCCAAGAAGAGGCAGCCUGCUGAUGAUGAUGACGACGACGAUGACGAGGACGACGAUGAUGACGAGGACGUCUUUGAUGGCCUCGAUUCGACUGAUUCAGACAAGUGA